AUGGCCUUCUUAAGCAGGGAUAAUAAAGACAUAGCCCAACCAAUGGAACUUUCUCUCUUUGCUUCACCCACUAAUCAAGUUGCAGUCGAAAAAGUGUAUUUUACGGAAGCUAGACCAAUUUCUAGUAUUGGAGUGUCAGAUACCCCUAUAGAAAUAGUCGUAUCUGGAUCGGGAGCGGAAUAUAUCGAUUUAAAAAGUCGAUUGUAUGUGAAAGGCAGAAUUUUGAAAGCGGAUGGUUCCUCAUUAGCGGCCAACGAGAAGACUGGAAUUGUGAAUCUACCAUUGCAGAGCAUGUUUUCUCAGAUGGAUGUCUACUUAAAUAACAAGUUGGACGAAGGAAAUUUGGGUGACGCUAACGCCUACUAUGGUGGCAAUGCUGGACUAGUCCUGCGUUAUGGUUUUACACAGGAAAGUAAAGUAUUUGAACUGGAGGGUAACCUGAUGGAAGAUAUUUUUGACAUCGACAAAUACCUGAUCAACGGCGUAGAUAUCUACAUCAAGCUUUUUAGAUCUAGUGCACCUUUUGUAAUGAUGUCGGCACAGAGAACCCCGGCAUACAAACUGGAAUUACUAGAUGUCGUGUACAAAGUGGCCAAAGUGAGAGUAGAUCCUGGUGUUCUAUUGAACCACAGCAAACAGAUAGAAAGUACUCCUGUGAAAUACACCAUCUCAAGAAAUGAAUUGAAAAUGAACACCAUUCCUAAAGGAUCUACUGAAUUUUACUGGGACAACAUUUUUCCUCAGGCAGUACCCGACCGUAUCAUUGUAGGUUUGGUAGAUCAGAAAGCUGUAAACGGGGAUUACACAACCAAUCCGUUUAAUUUCGAGCAUUUCGGUGUAACGGAUGUAGGGAUAUACCUUUCCGCUGUCUUGGAGAUCUUCUUAAUUCCUGAGGUACAUUUUGUGGAGUGUGUAAAGAGGGUUGUGGAUGAGGUUGAGAUCGUGGAUGAGGUUGAGGAUGUGGGUGGGGUUGAGGUCUUGGGUGGUGUUGCUGUUGAUUUGGUUGAAGAGGUGGGGGAUUUUGUCGAUUCUGUUGGUGUGGGAAAAAUUGCCUGA